AUGAUUCCAAUGCUGUCAAAGCACCCCCCACGACCCGCCGUGCCAAUAGCCUCCUUCAAUGUAAUUCGGACGCAGGCAGUACUGUUGCUGCUCCAUGGCGAGCUAAAAAACACGGUUGGCAAAGCGCGUGACGAUGAUAUUUUGCACCAUCUCCUUCCCCAGGCGGUAGCCAGUGCGGAACAACUGGCUCUCGUCGAAAAGCGGCUCAAGCUGCCUAGAGGGCUGCUGGGAGGUCUCCGUGUCCUUUCCAAAGGGAUUCUCAACGAUGAGACGCACCCAGCCCAGGCCGGGCCGCUGCAUCGCCCCCUUGCGGAUGCCUCUGCACGCGUCCAGAAAGGCGGCGGGUGGCAGGGCCAGGUAGAAGAGACGGUUUCCGCCCUGCUGCAG